AUGCUUCCUACGUCCAAAGCUGACUUUGUUGUCUCCCCAUGGCCGCCGCUCCACCACCCGCUCUCCGCCGCGCCCAUCCCCGCGCUCGUCCGCUUCCUCUCGUCCUCUGCGCUAGCGCCGCAGCAGCUCCACUCCACCAUCCUUUCGGGCGCGGGCGCGGACAGCAGCAGCAGCAGCGGCAUCAUCGAGGCGCUGCCGCCCUCUGUACCCCGUGCCGUUCCUGACCCCGGCGAGUCCCUAUCAGCGCGAGUGGACCUGGCGGGCAGCGAGGUGGUGUUUGAGACGGGGCGGCUGGCACGCCUGGCGUCAGGCGCCGUGGUGGUGGGCGUGGGCGACACCAAGGUGCUCGUCACAGCAGUCGCCUCCCACGAUAGGGACACUUCUCGGGACUUCCUGCCCCUCAUGGUGGACUACAGGGAGAGGCAGUACGUGAUGGGGCGCAUACCCAACACGUACAUGCGGAGAGAGGGUGCGCCCAAGGAGAGGGAGAUCCUUUGUGCACGCAUCAUCGACCGCUCCAUCCGCCCACUCUUCCCCAAAGGCUUCUUCUACGAUACCCAGAUCACGGCCUCGGUGCUGAGCAGCGACCAGGAGCAGGACCCGGACGUGCUGGCGGUGAAUGCAGCGUCAGCAGCGCUGUGCAUCUCGGACAUCCCCUGGAACGGCCCCAUUGGCUGCGUGCGCGUGGGGCGCAUUGACGGGCAGUUUGUUGUGAACCCAUCCAUGACGCAGCUUGCAAGCAGCGACCUGUCUCUGGUGUACGCAUGCACACAAGAGCACGCUGUGAUGAUGGAGGUGCAGGCACGCGAGAUAAGCAACGAGGACAUGGCAGCAGCGCUGCACCUCGCGCAUGCCGAGGCUGCCAAGCUCAUUCCCCCGCAGCUGGAGCUGGCAGAGCAGGCCCGGCAGGAGAAGAGGCAGGCCGUGCCGCUGGUGGUGACGCCCGCUGUCAUGGAGCGAGUGAGGGGUCUUGCAGGGAACGCUGUGACGGCCGUGCUCACGAAUGCACUCUACUCCAAGCAAGACAGGGGGCGCGCGCUGAGCAAGGUGCAGGAGGAUGUGGCAGAGGUGCUGGGGGGAGGGGAGAGUGGGGCUGCCGGGGAGGAGAAGGUGGAGGAAGGAGGGGCUGAGGGUGGUGAUUCCGCGUUGGCGCAGCUGCCAGGCGCCAUGGAGAAACUCAAGAGAGAGGUGAGUGGGAGAGAGCGGGCGAGAGUGGGAGAGAGCGGGCGAGAGUGGGAGAGAGCGGGCGAGAGUGGGAGAGAGCGGGCGAGAGUGGGAGAGAGCGGGCGAGAGUGGGAGAGAGCGGGCGAGAGUGGGAGAGAGUGGGCGAGAGUGGGAGAGAGCGGGCGCGAGUGGGAGAGAGCGGGCGAGAGUGGGAGAGAGCGGGCGAGAGUGGGAGAGAGCGGGCGAGAGAGGGCUCUCAUGUUGGGCAGGGGCUCGAGAGCGGACGGGCGGGGGUUGGAGGAGGUGCGGCAGGUGGCAUGUGAGGCAGGCGUGCUUAACCCGCUGCACGGCUCCUCGCUCUUCUCCCGCGGGAACACGCAGGUGCUGUGCACAGUGACACUGGGUCCGCCAGACGACGCUCAACGCGUGGAUUCCCUGACAGGAGUGACCCAGAAGCGCUUCAUGGUGCACUAUUCCUUCCCGCCCUUCUCCGUCAACGAAGUGCGCAGCGAGCGCGGCGGGCUCAACCGCAGGGAGGUGGGCCACGGCACAUUGGCGGAGAAGGCACUGCUAGCCGUGUUCCCAGACGAGCAGGAGCUGCCAUACUCGGUGCGCGUGACGUCGGAAGUCAUGAGCUCCGAUGGCUCCUCCUCCAUGGCCACCGUCUGCGGAGCGAGUCUUGCACUGAUGGAUGCGGGGGUGGGUGUGCGGGAGCAUGUGGCGGGGAUAAGCAUGGGGCUCGUGACAGACGUUGACCCGAGCACAGGGGAGAUCAAGGACUACCGCCUGCUCACUGAUAUCCUGGGUCUGGAGGACUAUCUAGGAGACAUGGAUUUCAAGAUAGCAGGAACGCGCCGGGGAAUCACAGCCAUACAGCUCGACAUCAAGCUGCCGGGCGUGCCGCUGCCCGUGCUCUGCGCUGCUCUCGACCCUGCCCUUGCUGCACGCAGCCGCAUCAUCGAGCACAUGGAGAAGGAGCUUGCUGGGCCACGCCUGGAGCACAGCGCUACUGCUCCUAGAUUCGGCACGGUGGCGAUAGACAGGGACAGCAUAGGGCGGCUGAUAGGCCCCCAGGGCUCCACCAUUAAGCAGUUGCAGCGACUCACAGUGCAUCGUUUGGAAGCCACCAGGGGCAUGGUGCAUGUCGCUCGUUUGUAUGACGUCUCCCACCCCUCCCACCACUCCCACCCCUCCCACCACUCCCGCCCCUCCCACUGCUCUCACCACUCCCACCGCUCCCACCCCACCCCUCCCUCCACUCCCACCCCUCCCACCACGCACCACCAGGGUCGCGCAUUCAGGUGUCCAACGAGGGCUCUGUUUCCAUCUUUGCACGCGACAGCGCAUCGUUUCAAGCCACCAGAGACAUGCGCAUCGUUUGAAGCCACCAGGGACAUGGUACGCCCUCCAUUGCUCGCCCUCUUUCCCGCGCCCUUCCUCUCUCGCCCUCCCUCUCUUUUCUGCCUCACCCCUUUUCCGAUACUCCGCGUUCACCUCUCUCUCCCACCCAAGUCCCCCUUUCCGAUUUCUCCCCCUCUCCCACACCACCUGCGCCUCCCUCCCUGCUGGUUCAAUUCUUCUGACCCAUGCACCUGA